AUGAAGGUCAAGUGUACCUACGAGGACUGCUUCAAGCACUUCAGUACCCAGCGUGCUAUGAUCACACACAAGGAGAAAGAUCCCGAUCACAGCUAUUGCAAACUCUGUGAUGUCGACUGCGAAGAUGACAUGCAUCUGUUCAUCCACCAACUUGGAACACCAGCGCACAGUAGGAUAUCUGGCCCCCAGCUUGAACGCUCGAUGCUAACCCUGAGCCAGUCUGCUGCCCCGUCUGUGCUCAAGAGUUCAAAAGCACCGCAGGCAGAGAUCGGCAUGUCGAACAGGGAAGUCUCCCAAGAUCCGCUCAACGUACACCAAGCUUACAAGUUGUAG